GCAAUAUUUUCACAGUUUCAGCACAGUCGAGAAAAAGCACUCCCAUCAGAUAAUAUGAGACAUGCCCUGGCAGAGAGUUUUAAGGAUGAACAGCGUUUCCAGCUUGGAUUCAUGGAUGAUGCAGCGGAGUGCUUUGAAAAUAUCCUUGAGAGGAUUCAUUUUCACCUAGUGCCAAACAGUGAAACAGAUAUGUGCACUUCAAAAUCCUGUAUUUCUCAUCAGAAGUUUGCUAUGACACUGUAUGAACAGUGUGUAUGUCGCAGUUGUGGAGCAUCAUCAGACCCAUUGCCUUUUACGGAAUUUGUGCGUUAUAUUUCUACCACAGCCCUGUGUAAUGAAGUAGAAAGAAUGAUGGAGAGGCAUGAACGUCUCAAGCCAGAAAUGUUUGCAGAAUUGCUGCAGGCAGCAAAUACUACUGAUGACUACAGAAACUGUCCUAGUAACUGUGGUCAAAAAAUAAAAAUUCGUCGUGUUCUUAUGAAUUGUCCUGAGAUUGUCACAAUCGGUUUAGUCUGGGAUUCAGAACACUCUGACCUGACAGAAGAGGUUAUGCGGAAUCUGGCAACACAACUUUAUCUUCCUGGGCUGUUUUAUAGGGUUACAGAUGAAAAUGCCAAAAAUAGUGAACUUUUUCUUGUGGGAAUGAUUUGCUACACAAGCCGACAUUACUGUGCCUUUGCCUUUCACACCAAGAGUUGCAAAUGGGUGCUGUUUGAUGAUGCUAAUGUAAAAGAGAUCGGAACAAAAUGGAAAGAUGUGGUCUCCAGGUGCAUUCGAUGUCACUUUCAGCCAUUGUUGCUAUUUUAUGCUAACCCAGAUGGCACAGCUGUAUCUCCAGAAGAUGCUCCAAAGCAGAUUAUUCACUGGUCUCAAUGCAAAGUAGCAGGAAGAAUAGGGGAAGACUUGGGAUUUGAAAAGCAUUGUGCUCCUAAAUCAGACCACGUGAAAGAGAAUGGAAUUGGAGACCCCACAAAUCAAAGGAGUAAUAAAAAACUUCAGCCAGAUAACUCAGCAUUUAGUAGAAGCCAUAUUCAAGCUAGUGGUGGUAGAGGUCCAGUGAAGUUAGGUUACAGCGAUCAAAAGGACAGGCUGAAGGACCUAUCCAGAGAGUGUGCUCAGAAAGCUGCUGAUAUGAAAAACUUCUCAUCUUUACGAAAAGAUGCAGACAGAGGACCAAGAAAAGAGACUGGGAGACAAAGAGAUUUGAUUGGGGAAGAUCGUUCCAGUGUUAAGUCGGGGUCUCCUCCAGUUGGAAAUGGACUUAGACACUGUGCUGAUCAGCGCAUAUACAGCAGCCAGGGAAGAUGCUCCUAUAAACAUGACAAUACAUCUCACCAAGCAAAGCUUUCUGCACAGGUGCUUGGAUCAAAUAGAACAGAAGCUUUUCCUGCUGUGGAAAAACCAGUGAUGAGGACCCGGACUGAUGGUGUCACUGGCUACGAUACGGACACCAGUCAAGACUCUAGGGACAAAGGAAGUGUCAUCAGCAGCAGAAGCAGAAGUAGAGGUUGGAAACCUAUGCGAGAGACACUAAACGUAGACAGCAUUUUCAGUGAGACUGAGAAAAAACAGCAUAGCCCAAAGCACAAGGCAAAUCCGAACUGUAAAUCCAAGCACGAGAAGGAGAGAAGCUUUAACCAUUGGCCAAAAGAGAACCAAAUCCACAAAGGUUUAAUGACUAUAUAUGAAGAUGAAACAAAACAGGAUACAGGAAGUCGAAGUUCACUAGAUUCGGACGGAAAAGGGAAUGCUGAAAAAAACAAAGGAUUUACAGAGAGAAAAAUCCAUGGUGAUAACUGGCAAAUUCAGAGGACAGAAUCUGGAUAUGAAAGCAGUGAUCAUAUCAGCAAUGGAUCUGCAAAUCCGGACUCACCUGUUAUUGAAGGAAUCAAUCCAGCAGAUGUCAAGAAUGUUAAAGAAAGUGCUUCCUGCAGUGAACAGAACUUGUCAAACAAAAAAGCUGACAAUGUUUUACAUUCAGUAUCCCAGCAGAACAGAAACUUCUAUG